GCUCAUCCUUCACUGCUCUGGCCCUGUGCCCCACAUUGACCCUGAUGUCCCUUUAACAGGAACUAUUACAACUCCCAGAUACUGAGCUGCCAGACCAGCAGCAGGCACACUGGUUGUGGCCACAUGAAAUUCAGCAGUUGUGAGAUGGAGACAUGGCUUAAAGCCCAAUUUCACAGGCAAAUCAGCUGAGGCCUGUGGCUUGCCAAGGCAACUAACCCUAGAGGCUUUUUUUUCUCCUUUGGUGGUACUCAGGAUUGAACCAGAGUCUUUGCACUGACCUAUAUCCCCAGCCCCUAUUUAUUUAUUUAUUCAUUUAUUGCAGACAGGUUCUCACUACAUUGCCCAGGCUGGCCUUGCACUUGUGAUCCUCCUACCUCGGCCUCCCAGAGUGCUGGGAUUAUAGCCAUGCACGACUACACCUGGCACCCUCAACACUUUCUAAUCCCCACCUCUAAUGCCAUUUAUGUGUGCCCCUGCUAGAUCCCCUGCUAAGCACUCUCUGCAUGUGAUCUAUGGGGAUCUUCAAUACAAACCAUAACAGGGAGACUUCUUAGUUCCAUUUUUCAGGUGAAACUGUAGCUCAGUGAGAAGUGACUUACCCCAAGUCCUACUGAGAUACAAUGCUAAAGCUCGGUGUGGACAGCCACCCUUGCUUCCCCAAAUGAUCAGCAAGACUAACUGUUGUGAAGAAAUACUCCUUUACCAGGUGUGAUGGCACAUUCCUUCAAUCCCAGCACUCUAGGAGGCUGAGGUGGGAGGAUCACAAAUUCCAGCCCAGCCUGGGCAAUUUAGCAACUUAGCAGUACAAUUUCAAGACAAAAAAGAGGGAGGGCCUGGGAAUGCAGGUCAUUGUGAAGGCUCUGGGUUUAAGCCUCAGCACCGAAAAUAACAAAAAACUAUUACCAUCAAGCCUUUGUACUCAAUGUUCCCUCUGCCUGGAACACUCUCCUCCACCUCCUUUUCAGGGGUCAUAUCCAAUCCUUGAACCCCUUUGCUGGAUCAGGAGCCUCUUCCGGCCACCAGAGUCCCUCAGGUUUCUUGAUCAUUCUGGACUGUAACUGCUGUUUCCUCCAUGGACUUAAAAUAGUCAUUUUCAGGGCUGAGCUAGAGUUGGAGCUCAGAAAACUGCUGGGUAAAUGAUAGAAAGUAACUGCAUGGAGAGAGUUCAAAAUUCUUAACCCCUAGUUCAGAGGUCAGACAAGGACCAAUCUAGAGCAGAACCAGCCAGAUUGCUGGGGAAGGGUCCCGGGAGCCCCUGUCUGAUGAUCCCCUUUGGUUUCCAGACUGCGGGAAGUGGUGUCUCAGGCAGUCACGAGAGGCUGGACUGUUAACAAACCAGUUUUAAAAUAUGUGAUCAGCAUGACUAGUGCUUUUGACAGCUUUGGGCAUCUGAGGAUCAGAGGUAGACGCUUACCUGGAGGUGCGCAGCCUAGAUCCUUUUGCCCUUAACUGUCCACUCUGUUGUCCUCCCUACAUCCUCUGGAACAGAACAAUCAGAGCUGCUCCCUCUCCACUUCCUCAGACAGCUGCUGUGAUUUGAAUAACCAAGUAUGCCAACCCAUGUCCGGUGGUGACUGAUUUGCCUGGCAAACAGAUCCUCAGGUCUUUCUCCCUGCCAAUGCUGGAGCCAUGUUUCUUUUGUCCACAAACCCAAGAGUUGCCUAGAUUCUUGUCCCCCUCCUUGACCCCCACUGGGGGUCCUAGUGCUUGUGGGUCCCUGGAGGCUGCAGAGUUCCAAAUUCAAGACUCUGACCUUAGAGGAACAGGAUGAACAGCAGGCCCAGCUUAGUUCCCUGAGCUCCUCAAAGAAUUUGCAUGAAGAGAACAAGGCUCCUACAUGGGUUCCCCCUCCCUUCCCACCUGGGACAGUUGUCCUAGGUGUGAGGUCUGAAAGCAGGUGGAAGAGCCAACUCUGUGUGCGGAACCAUCUCACCACUGCUGAGGUGAUGCCCCGUGUCUUUCUGGUCAGGAGUCGGCGUCCACAGCCACCCAACUGGGGCCACUUGCCUGACCAGCUCCGGGGAGAUGCCUAUAUCCCAGACUGCAGCAGCCUGGCAGGACCACGAGCACACCAGUCUUCCGGCCUCAGGGACCCUUGGGCAGCGGCCACACAGGGAACCCUGGCAUCUGCUCCCAGGAGCCCUGGGACACUCGGCUGCCCUCUCUGCCCCAAGGCCUUCCCGCUGCAGCGCAUGCUAACCCGGCACCUCAAGUGCCACAGCCCAGCACGCCGCCACGUGUGCCACUGCUGUGGCAAGGGCUUUCACGAUGCCUUCGAUCUCAAGCGCCACAUGAGGACUCACACUGGAAUCCGGCCAUUCCGAUGCGAAGCUUGUGGGAAAGCUUUCACACAGCGCUGCUCCCUUGAAGCACAUCUUGCAAAAGUGCACGGGCAGCCUGCUAGCUAUGCUUAUCGGGAGCGUCGAGAGAAGCUGCAUGUAUGUGAGGACUGUGGCUUCACCAGCUCACGCCCAGAUGCCUAUGCACAGCACCGCAACCUGCAUCGUGCUACUUGAGACAGUACACCAGCAUCCUACCCAUGAGGCAAAUAAAUACAAGAAACAUGCGCAUAGAACCUGGCAUUUAUUACAAGCGGAGGAGGGAUGGGUCACUCGGUCCAGCGGUGGCCGCAGUGUGGGGCAGUGCAUACAUAGUACAGGCGCA